AAGACCCAGGACACGCUGGAGGGACUAUGUUUCUCGGCUGGCCUGGGAACGCCUUGGAAUUCCCCCAGGAGCUGGCCUGAGUGACUGGGGAGAGGAAAGUCUGGGUCUCUCUGCUUUGGCUGCUGCCCCCAAGACCCGACCCCAGAUAAGUAGAAGAAGAUGGAUACAUGAAGUAUACUGUAGAUGCACCUAAUGUUUUCCACAUGAACUCUCGUUACAUCCUCUACAUCCAUCUGGUGAUCAACGACAUCAUCAUGCUAACACUGACCAUCCUCCUUCAAGUCUUGAGUUACAUCCUGUUUACCCUUAAUGUGUCUUUUUGCAUCGUUAUGCUAAUGAUAUCCAUCUCUUCCAACCGAAACAACCCUUUAACGCUGGCUGCCAUGGCUCUGGAGUGUCACCUGGCUGUAUGCUUCCCUCUCCGCCACCCUCAGAUCUGCACCGUCAGAAAAACCUARYCUGUGAUCUCUGUGAUAUGGCUCCUGAGUUCUCUUACAAUUGUCCCAGAUCUMUUUGUAGUCUUGGCCACAAGACCUGCAGCAUAUUUUCAUUCCAGGGUUUUCUGCAUGUUGUCAAACAUCUUUUCAGACCCACAGRUGGAAAAAAAGAAAGAUGRGUCCAACAUUUUGUAUUUGGUUUUAGUUUGGCUCACUCUUUUCUAUUCAUACUUUAGGAUUKUUUUUGCUGCACAAACAGCUUCUGCAAAUGCUAAGAAAGCAAGAAACACAGUCCUGCUGCACGGUUUCCAGCUGCUGCUCUGUAUGCUGAGUUACGUUUAUAACUUCAUGAUCCAAGGCCUCACAAAUCUGUUCCCAGCAGAUGCUCUGGCCAUCAGCUACGUGAUCACUCUGCUGAUUCAGAUACUGCCAAAACUCAURAGCUCAAUGGUUUAUGGGAUACGAGACAAGAUUUUCAGGAAGCAUCUGAAACAAUGUUUGUUCCCCACGAGAGUCACAAACAUUCAUCCUGAGAAGAUGGAAAAGCGGCAGAAAAGAGUAAAAUGAGUUGUGAAUUGUUUUGAACAGAUUUUGCUGUUAUCAUAAAAGGUUUGAUAAAACCAC